AUGGUGGGUUGGUUAUGUGGUGCGAAUGUCCAGCUCGGCCAUUUCUACAGCUAUGUUACUACAAUUAAGGUGGGUACUGUAACUUUAGAAUCCAAUUCCAAUAAUGUUGUACUCUCCACCAAAAACGAAUAUCUGGUCUCUGACUUCUCUAGUAUUGGCGCUACCAACGAGCUCGCUCUUAAGCUUAACCUUGCUGGCAUUGGAGGUGGAAUUUUCUCUGCGCUUCCUCGUUUUCUCGGAGGUGCCGGUCUUGUGCGGCUCUACGAUGCCAUUACAGGAAAAGUCCAAGUCUCUCCCAUCCAGAUUAGCUUUAAUGAUACCCCGUCUUUCGCUAAGUACAAGACCCAGACUCUGACUAUCCACAACACUGGAAAGAUCCGCACUACAUUCAAGGCCAUCAAUGUGCCCUCUGUCGCUAUUUCUUCUUACAGAUGCUUAAAAUACGGCUACAGAACCAUUGGGCCUGUUGACUUCGUUAAUACCAAGACCAAGAAAGCUAUUGGAAAUGUUGUGACUGAUCUUACCUAA